AUGUGUAAUAGUUUGUUUAAUUUUUGUUACGGUGUAAUUCCUUUUGUUGCACCAGAGAUUUUUAAUGGAAAUACCCCAACUAAAGAAUCUGAUAUCUGUAGUUUUGGAAUUGUCAUGUGGAUGUUAUUAGCUGGUGUGCGUCCUUAUUGUGAUAGACCUAACAAACAACUAAUUCAGGAAAUCUGCUUAGGAUUGAGACCGAGCGUUGUAAAUGGAACUCCGCCAGUUUUCUUCAGCUUAAUGAUACAAUGUCUAGAUGCAAAUCCAUCCAAUAGACCAACAGCAUCUCAGCUUAACGAAUGUUUGGGAAAUUGGGUCAUAGCAAUUUGUAAUAACCCUGACCCAUCUGAUUUAUCAAAUCAAUUUGACGCUGCUGAAGAAACAAAAUUCUCAAAUUUGGAAAAUUCUAAUUUCAAUACUUUCUCAAAUCACUCAAAAGCUAUUUAUUUCAGUCGCCCAUUAUGGUUGAUUGAUUAA